AUGGCGGUAUCAACUAGAAGACCCGGAUCAAUGAUGGUUAUAGCAAACGUGUCUAUGUUCCUAGCAUUGGUUGUGUCCGGUCCUAUCGCAGUUGAGGCUGCACGUGCCUUCUUCGUGUUCGGAGACUCGCUCGUCGACAGUGGCAACAACAACUAUUUAGUGACGACUGCACGUGCCGAUUCUCCACCAUAUGGAAUUGAUUUUCCAUCUCGGAGACCAACCGGACGGUUUUCCAACGGUCUUAACAUUCCAGAUCUCAUCAGUGAGGCAAUCGGCAACGAAGAGUCACCGUUACCGUACCUUAGUCCGGAGCUAAGAGGACGUAGACUGCUUAACGGUGCGAACUUUGCCUCCGCCGGCAUUGGAAUUCUCAACGAUACCGGUUUUCAAUUCGUCAACAUUAUAAGAAUGUACCAGCAACUAGCCUACUUCCAACAAUACCAACAACGUGUGAGCCGCUUGAUUGGGAUACCGCGAACACAAAGGCUCGUGAGACAAUCGCUUGUACUAAUUACGGUCGGUGGCAACGACUUCGUGAACAACUAUUUCUUGGUGCCAUAUUCCGCUAGGUCGCGCCAGUAUUCACUUCCUCACUACGUCCGGUUACUAAUCUCCGAGUACAAGAAGAUACUAAUGAGGUUACAUUCGCUUGGAGUGGGUCGAGUUCUAGUGACGGGAGCCGGACCCUUAGGAUGUGCACCGGCCGAGCUGGCGAGAUCAAGCUCGUCCAGUGGGAGAUGCUCAGCUGAGUUACAACGAGCGGCGGCUCUAUACGAUCCUCAGCUAACCCAAAUGAUAAAUGCACUUAACAGAAAGAUUGGGAAAACUGUUUUUAUUGCAGCAAACACAAACCAAAUGCAAAUAGAUUUUCUGACCACUCCACGAAGAUUCGGAUUUAUAACGUCGAAGGUUGCUUGUUGCGGACAAGGGCCGUACAAUGGGAUGGGUUUGUGUACGGUACUAUCGAACUUGUGUCGGAACCGUGAGUUAUACGUGUUUUGGGACGCGUUUCAUCCGUCCGAGAAAGCAAACCGCAUAAUAGUCCGUCAUAUAUUGACCGGUACCACCAAGUAUAUGAACCCUAUGAACCUUAGCUCUGCUCUUGCCCUAUGAGCCACACAUGAUGAAGUGGGAAACUCAGUUUGAGCAAUCCCUAAGUUCAGUUUUAUUCGUUUAUACUAUAUUAUUCAGUUCUCAAGAUGUAUGUGUUCGAGUACAUGAGAAUGAAAUAACUCAAGUUGUUCUGAAUGUAACUUGUUUCAUUGUUUGUAAUUUUAAUUGAAAAGUUGUUUAUGAUUUUAAUUAUUUACUUGACGA